AUGAACCCUGCCUGGGGCUACAACAAGUACACAGCAAAGGGCCGCGACCUGUACCAAGACGCCACGGAACUCGACUUCACCCUCAUCACGAACCCGACACAUCCGACGAGAAUUGAACGACAUCCGGGGCCCGACACCUGGAGAAACACGGGGAUCGACCUUGGCAGCGACCACACCAUCGUGGAAAUCGGCAUACCGGAACACAACGACACCAGCAUCAAAACACACAGAUGGAUAGACUGGGACGCCUUUCGAGACGCCAGAAGCCAGAAGAGCGACGGUGACGACGAGAUCGAAGACAUCGACUCGUGGACGGCUGAAAUCACCAAGAGCGUACGCAACGCGACCAAAAAGAUUGAAACGAGCACGAAUAUCGACAAAGUAGACAGCCGGCUUGCGCAUCUUAUCGAGGCCAAACAGUCGAUACUCAAUCGCUGGAAGAAACAACGGCUUAACCGCAGACUGAGAAAGAAGGUGGCGGAGCUGAACCGAGCGAUCGAAGAUCACUGCCGCGCUCUCUGCACGCAACAGUGGAACGAGAUCUGCAACGCGGCAGACGGGCAGAUGCAUAGCGGAAAGAUGUGGAACCUACUGCGGCACCUGCUCGACGAAACCAAGACCAAGUCGCACCACAGGGACAGACUCGCCAGGCUCAUACAUCGGCCGGUCUCAGCACACGGCGUCGAUGAAGUCACCAGGCGCAUUAACGACAAAUACCUGCCGACUAUACCUACCGAACAACACGUGCCCGGCCUGCCUAACGCGAAGCUCGAUCGUGACAUCGACGUCGGGGAGGUACGCGCGGCCCUGCACGACCUCAACAGCCGGUCGGCAGCCGGCCCGGACCUCGUCACGAACAAGGCGCUCAAGAACCUCGAUGACGGCUCCAUUGAAAAGCUCGCAAAAUACUACAACAAGUGCUGGAGAGCGGGCGCGCUGCCAAAGCUGUGGAAGGCAGCCAAGACCAUCCUGAUCCCCAAGCCGGGGAAGCCGCCGGACACGGAUAACCUCCAGCCCAUCUCGCUCACGUCCUGCGUGGGCAAGGUGCUGGAGCACGUCCUGCUCAACAGGUGGCAAGACUACCUGGAAUGA